AACAAUAAACUUUUAUUUACUGCAACUAGCAUUUAAUUGAUCAAAAGCUUGCUUUAAGUAUUGCUGUAAUGUUUGAAGUCCAGUCUAAGUUCACAUGUAUCACUUAUUUCAUAUAUUACUACUACGACUUUUCUAACCACUCGUUUCAUCAAAUCCAACAAAAAUUGCAAACACUAACGCGACUACAACUAACUGAGAAGAUCGCCUGCAUACAACUUAAAAAAAGUUUUUAUAAAUUAUUUUAUCCUGUUUUAGUAAAUAAUACAAAUGCUGUUGAAAAAUGCUCCCAGAGCAAAUACAAACAAACCCCACUAACGGAUCUUUAAAGCCGCCGCAGAAUACCGUACAAAACGGUUGUGAUAAUAUUAUCACCAUAAGCACUACAAAUUUGAACGAGUGCAACAAUAUAAUUAGUUCAGCUGAUACCGUAGAAGCAUUAAAAACAUCAAAAAGCGAACUUAAUGACCAGACUAUAUUCGAACAGACUACAGCUAACAAUACUUCCAGUACGAAGUUUGUACGAUUCCUAAGUAAAAGCAUUAUUGCACCAACUACAGCUACUUCUCCAUCAGCCACACCUACUACUACGUGCAAUAUUAACAAUGUAACGACCGAACAAUCACACCGUUUUGAGUUUUGCAGCAUUUCACAAUGGCUUUCAUUUCAGGAUAAUAUCGCUGAUGUGCAUCAUCGUAGAGGUAGACGUUUGAAUGGGCUACAGUUACCAUUGCAUCCGCUACAAGUGUUUGGCUGGCUGGUUUUAAUAUUGUUCGGCUUUGCUUCGUUUUGGUUACUUAUACCAUCGUUCAGCUCUGAAAUUCAAGGACCAUUAUAUGGUCUGAUCUCUGGCUUAUACAUUGUGCACGUCGCCUCACACCUAGCUGCAUUGCUUAUCGAUCCAGCUGAUCGCGAGUUACGUCGCAUACAUCGCAACGAUCGCAUUGUGCCUGAGUUUGAUCGUAAUAAGCACACACAUGUUAUUGAAAACGGCCGUUGUCACUUGUGUAACAUACGCACAUCCUCGCAGCGCACCAAACACUGUUCCGUCUGUAAUAAAUGUGUCGGUAAGUUCGAUCAUCAUUGCAAAUGGUUAAAUCAUUGUAUCGGAUCCCGUAAUUAUGUGGCAUUUCUAAUGUGUGUCGUGAGUGCAGUGAUCGCGACUUUGGUCAUUGUUACGGCAGUGAUUGCACAAAUCGCUUUGUAUUUUGUGCAGCCGGAAUGGUUGAAUUUUUGGUUCACCCAUUCAACCUCAACAAUUUCAACGUCAACGACUACAUUAGCAACAACGAAUAGUUCUAGUGAAACAGUGGCAUUUGUGCUUAACAAUAAUGCUACCGACUCCUUCAAAACUGCAAAUGCCUCAUUCGGUUUAGAUUACUUUGCUAAUAGCAGUGUGAAUGUUAGCACCUUGCUACUGGAAGAUGAUUUUGAAGGUACAAAUGCUACAGCAACUGCUUUGUACGAUAAUAUUUCUUCACUAGCUACUGAUGCUGUCAAUGAGAGUAUAUUUGUCAACCUCUCUGCUGUGAAUACAACAGCUGGUAGGACAAUUGCAAUAAGUAAUAACUCUACAAUAACAACCAUUGCUGGCAUAGGUGUAAACGACACCAUCUUCUUAGUGCUAAUAGGUUUGCUCGGCUUGCUGGCUGCGAUCACUGCUGGUUUGUUACUACAUCUAUGCUUUUUUCAUAUAUAUAUUUCAUUCUUGGGACUUACAACUUAUGAAUACAUACGUAAUCAUCGACAAGCUCAAGAGGCGAAAGCUAAAAACUUGCUCUCCACUCUGCCAAAGUCUGAUGAACAGCACUUCUCAAAGAGUCCGUCCAAAAAGACUAAAGAUUGCGGCCAAAUUUACUUCUGUUCCACUUUAAGACAUCCAAAUUCUAUAAAUGCAAAGGAUUUGCGUUUUUUCGAGUCCCGUAAAUUAAACGUAGACAGCGACGAUGAUGAAAAUCAUACUGCUAAACUACAUUGCUGUGCCAAUUCUAGGGAAUAUCAUCAAACUGCCUUGAAGACUUAUUACAUGUGUUCGCUUCUAGAGGAGGGUGCAACUAGUCCUGCCAUGACUAUACCACAACUUGGUGGCAGAGACAAUCUUAUUGAUCAACAAUCACUUGCACAUAACGAUGCAGCUGAUUUUAAGACGUUUCACUGUUGCUCCACAUUCGCGGCUGCUACUGCACAGCGGAAAGUUAGUGCAACCACUACAAAAUCCAGUUUAGUGACCGAUUUUGAGGCAGCAGCUGCAAGUCUGAGCGCUCGGCGUUCUUAUAUGCAAUUUACUGAACAAUGCACUUUUUGUACAUUCCGCAUACGUAGUCCAAUUGUAGCUAAAAGGAACAGUAUCAGCGCAACCAGUACAAGUACGAUUGGUGGACAGCGCUUACCAACUAAAACGCAGUUAAGCAAAAAUUUAAUGUCAACUAAAACAUCAACAGCUGCUGCAAAUAAUAUUGGAGCAGACCAUCAGCGAUGCUGUAUGAAGGCUAUUUCGAAGCAUCAACGUUGGCGCAGGAAAUGGAAUUGUUGCUCUAACGUACCUGACAGUCCUGAUGUGCCCAAUGACAUUAUAGCCGCUUUAGCAAUGCGACAUCAGCAUGACUUAGCUGCGGGUGCUGACAAGAAAAUUAAUGCCACCGAAAUUCCAGUGCAUUUCAUUAAAACAGUACAUAAUAGUGCCACUGGCUCUGGGGCUGGUGUAGCACCGUUGGCCACUUCUCCACGCAGUGCCAAUCUGAAAACACAAAGUCGUAACCGCAACUCACGCACGUGGCCUGUACCUAGACUACGUCAUAUGAUGCGUAUGUUAAAUCGUUAUCGUCGGCCACGUUGUCGAAAUCUUAAUACCGUCAAUGCGAAUGGCGAACAAAUAAAACAAAAUCAAAUCCGCCCAUUGCAAGUGCAAAACAAUGCUAACAAUUGGUUUUAUCAACAGUACCAACAACAACAGCAAGAACAAAAGUUUCUACAACCAUAUAAGGAAAACUUGCAACAAAACUAUUAUGAUAGCAGUUCCCCACAACCACCAUCAUCAACGACUACCGCAUCAGAACGCAGCAGCGAUCCGAGCACAUAUAGCGAUACCAGCAGUAUUACAACACCAGGUUCCACACAACCAAAUACUGUAGAAACAAUUUUGCCCACAUCCGUAAUUAGAGAUGACAUGUCAAUGACAUAUACCACACCUGUUGGUAUUACCUUGCCACCAGCUUUACCACCACCAACUCGUCGCAAAAUACCAAAUCCUACCGACUUAGAAGAACUUGCGCAGACGUUGGGAUUUGCAUCACAUCCGUCCAGCAAUGAUACAACAACGCUGUCAGCAACACAGCGUUUCCCUAUAAUAAAUAAUGUCUAUCGACGUCAACGGCGCAAACAUUUCUUGCGAACACGCUCGCCGACUUUAUCACCUAUACAUGAGUCGGGAUUAUCCAAUCCAACUUCACCACAGCCCUGUCGUCACAACACUAACAAUAGUUCUCCAACACCGACAUUGAAAGCAGCUGCAAAUAAUACAAAUGAAUUGUUGCGAAAGACUUCCUCAAAUAAUUCAUUGAAAAGUGUUAGUUCUAAUUCCAGUAGUACCUAAAUUCUUGGAACCGAAGUAUACGGGAAUAUGUUUUACAUACAUAAAUAUAAUAAGUACAUUUUAUUUAUAUUAUAUAUUGUAUAAAUAAGUAACGCUUAGCAUAUCUUUGUGCAGUUUAUUAGAUAAUUUAUAAAAAAAGUGCGUGGGACUUCAGUUAUGCAGAAGUAUAGCUGAAAGAAGUACAGGGAAGACGCUAUUAAAAUUUUUGCAAAAUAAUUACAUUUAGAGAAAAGAUUAUAGUAAAUGUGUUUAUAGAAUAAAUUUUAUUGCAUACGAUUUAAUGAAGAUAAAUUUCUUAGUUAUUGUCUUCUGUCACAAAAAAGUCGGUAGGUAGCAAAACUUUUUAUUGUGAGAUAAGUCAUAGUAAUUUUUUUAACAUGCCAAAAAAGAAUUCGGACAAUUUCGAAUUAAUCAAAGGCGUCCAUUUAACCCAUAUUGCAAUGAAUAAAGCGUAUAUUUGAAUAGAGACAUUUUGCGGAACUUGUGCUAAGAAAUCUAUAAUAUAUACCCUUAAACUUAAGAUGAUGUU